GCCGAGGAGGACCGGAAGAAAAGGAUGGAGGCCGCGAAGAAGAAAAAGGCAGGCGGAGACGAGAAGGCCGACGAGGAGAAGAAGGACGAGGAUGUGCCGAUGGAGGAGGAGCAGAAGGAAGAGGAGAAGGAGGAGGAGAUUGUGGUCGAGCUGACGGAGGAUGAGAAGAAGCUCACCUUCCGGAAGAAG